CGUUCUUCUGAACGAUAGCAAUAGAACACUGGUUAGGGUUUUACGCUGAUCCGAGCUUUGAGAUAUUGGCGGGCAUCUGGUUAGGGUUUUAGAAGAUUCAUAAGAUGAAGUCAGUGGUUGGAAUGGUGGUGUCGAACAAAAUGCAGAAAUCGGUGGUGGUCGCCGUCGACAGGCUAUUUCAUAACAAACUCUACAAUCGCUACGUCAAGCGCACCUCCAAGUUCAUGGCACAUGACGAACAAAAUCAGUGCAAUAUUGGCGAUCGGGUUAGAUUGGAUCCCUCAAGGCCAUUGAGCAAGCGGAAGAACUGGGUUGUUGCAGAGAUUCUGAAGAAAGCACGAAUAUAUGCGGUGCCAUCAGCUGCAGCUCCUGCUGGUUCAGCGACCAAGACAGCAGUAGCAGAGUCAUCUUCAUCUUAAGGUGAAGACUAAACUUAAGAAUGUCAUUCGACCAAGUUCCUGUCGCCUGCUUAUUAGCUCAACCACGAAGAGAACCAUAGAAAUAGUUUUGUUUAUCUUUGAUUAUAUUUGCAUCUUCUUCGUGGAUCUCUUUCUAGAUCGUAAUUUUCAUAUAAACUUAUUUUGUGCCUGAGUUUUUGGUAUUUUUUGACUUGUAAGAUUAGUGCACGUUCUUGUGCAAAUUGGAAUUCUUCAUGUUUGAUUCACGAAGGAGGCGCUUUGAGCAAAGGUUGUCGGUGCAUUCUUGGGGAUCAAAAAGGAUUUCUAUCUCACUUACUGGGUAAGAUUCUCAGUCCUUUGCGAUGUUCAUCUGGUAGGGUAAGUUAAGUGACACCUGGUGGAUGCUUACUUUGUAAGUGUUUGGUUAACGACUUUUAAGAUGAAGAUUUUGAAAGUAUGUUGCACGGAAUAAGAAUCGAACCAAAAUACGUUGUAUUUUCAUGCAAUAUGCUAUUUCUUGUUCCUUGUGUUUUGGUA